AGGGGUUUCCGAUCCAUUAUGAUGGAGGUUAGCCCACUGGGAUGGAAGGCUCCUACAGUGUUAAUGUAUGUUCGCUAGAAUUUGUCUCGACAGUUUUGCUUUUUUCUUUUUGCUGUUUUUUAUUUUUCAGAAACUUGCCUUGCAAUUUGAGAGAGCUUGUGACGUCUGAAUGCUCCGACGCCUGAUGUUCAGGCGAUUGUACUCUACCAAACCAUGGACUCAUGCUGAAGCCUCAAAAUGGUGCAAAAGCUUUAGUAAAGAGCAAAUUCCAAAAAGUGAUCUGAAAAUAACUGUCAGUCGAAGCAGUGGGCCCGGAGGCCAAAAUGUGAACAAGGUAAAUACAAAAGUUGACAUAAGGCUUGGUAUAAAAGAUGCAAAAUGGAUACCUGAAUAUGCGAGAAUCAAGAUUCUGCAGGAGGCCAAUGUUCGAACAACUAAGGACGGCCAGUUGAUAAUGGUCUCUGACAGAACCAGAUCUCAAGCUAAAAACUUGGAAGAUUGCAUGGAAAAACUCGCAGGUGUAAUCCGUUCUGCGGUACAGGUUCCGAAGGAUCCUGACGCUGAAACUAUCCAAAAAGUGAAGCAACUUGAGGAAACAGCCUACAUGAGACGUAAAGAUAGAAAACAGCUGCAUUCACAAAAAAAGGUCCAGAGAAAAUCCAAGGGUCCAGACUAUUAGCAGCAGACAUAGUCUAUAAAUGUUGCAAGAGGAAGCGACGGAACCAUAUUUCCAAGUAGAGACCCCCAUGCUGUUUAUUUGAUUUCAU